AGCACAAGGGCGAUGAAAGGAAAAGACGGGACACAGCGCUGCGCUUCCGUGUCCGUGUGCUUCUUAGCGAUCGUGUAAAUAAUACCAUACCAAGUAGCCCACGAGUCCGUCCUUUUCAAUCCUCACCACUGUUUCUUUAACCCUUCGCAGGCCUGGAGACCGAGAUAAAUCAAAGGCUCCCGUAAUUGCAGUGUUGCUAUGCCUGCUGGUCCUGGGGGUCACCAUUAUUUAUUUCGUGACAGCCUCCGGCGGGGAAAGCGACAACGUGACGGGUGAAGUUGGGGCCGAUGGCUCAGGCGGCGGCGUCGGCGGCGGAGAUGGAGGGGGAGUUGGAGGUGGAGUUGGAGGUGGAGGCUCUUAUCAACCUGCUCCGCCCAAGACCACGGAGGCACCCACGACAACGGAGGCACCCAUGACCACCGAGGCCCCUCUGAAAAACAUCAAACUGACCUGUACCUUCGGCAGAAGUGGAGUGCUGGAGACUCAGCUGCCCCCCGACAAAAUGUGCGACUACAUCUUCUACACGCACAUAUACUACAACGUAAGGUUGAAGAAGAUCAGACCUAUCUAUGGAGCAUUUGCCAUCACUGCUUUUAUCAAUGCUGUGGGAUCCUACAGCACUACGACAUUCGGCUACUCAUUCGCCCUUAGCCUCAUGCCCGCGUUUCCACCAGACCACAAGGAUGCCCUCAAAGAGGUCUUGGAAUCACAAUUUGGAUAUGGAUUCCAGCACUUCGCUGCCCUGGACGUGGAUGUCCGCGACUACCCCUCCGCCAAGUCGGGCGGGCUGCAGUACCUCAAGGCGAGUACUUCGCAGCAGCUGUUCGCGGUGUACAUCUGCAUGUGA